AUGCAUAUCCCUGGCUAACAUCAAAACAAAAUUGAUGAAUACUUUUAAGGAGUAUAAUAGUCAACCACAUUAGAAUAAUCAAGUACUAAUACAAAAGAAAAUAACGAAUAAUUAUUCAUUUAUAAUUUAAUAUAGAAUCAUUCAAUUCAAUAUAGUGAAUAGUGUAAUGCAAUUGCUAUUAAUUAAGAUAAUUCAAUUAUAUUAGCUGGGUGUAAUAAUAAGAUCAAAGUUUAUCAAUUUAAAUAAGAAUAGUUGACACUAAUUCAACUUCUAAGUGAACAUUAAAAAACUGUUUAUGCUUUAAAUUUUAUGAAGAAGUCAACCCAAUUUAUAUCUGGCAGUUACUUAUAAAUUAUAAUUUGGUCUAUGGAUUAACAUAGUUAAUGGAUCUGUUAAGAUGUUUUAUGA